AUGGGAAAGAUUGCAUUGCCAAAGUCACAAGAACUCUUACUGAUAUUCGCAGAGCACCCAUACAUACCGCUAGACGAUUCCGACGAAAAGGGAGAUGCAGGGGAUGCAUGGGCGCAAGAAUUAAAGAGAAGCAAAGCCUCCCUCUGGAGAUGGCGUUGUGCCACGGCAGUGCUCAUCAUAGCCUUGAUCAUAUCCUGGCUCCCGUUCUCCGCCCAGGCCCCGAAAUCCGUCCGAGAUGGCUACCCCCAGCCAGAAGACGGCGAAGACAACGUCCUCAAAUGGAUGAAGGAAGCCGAAGUCGCCCAAGGCCACUUCUGGUGCGGCAAUUCAACCAUCGAAGCCAAACGCAGAGGCUGCGCCUUUAACAAGCUGCACAACAGAUGGAUGCCACCAGCCUGCACGCAAGACUUCGAGCACGCCCGACAAGCCGUCUUUGAAGCACUCGGCGGUGGCGAGGAGCCGGAAUUCGUAUUCUACAGGGAUGAGGACGGUAAACCAGGGGCGGAGAUAACAGAUGACGAGCUGGAUGAGUUUGAGAUUUUGACACCGGCUUGGACGACUGUUGGGCAUCAUAUGACGCACUGCAUGUAUCUUUUGCUGCAGGCCGCUGCGGCGCUGAAUUUGGGUACGAAGGCGGAUAUGGUUGUUCACGCGUGGGAGCAUGCGAAGCAUUGUGCCAUGGUAGUGCUGAAUGAGACGAAGAAGGCGCCGGCUUGGAAUGAUGUGAAGAGUUUUGGGCAUACGCAGUCUGGUGUUUGUUGGUAG